AUGGACUUCACCAGUGACAUCAGCGGUGGUGUAUCGAGUCCGCGGGCCGUUGGUGGGCCCGGUAUACAGUUGCAUCCGAAGGGUAGCGGUUCCGAUGGGAGCGACAGUCGGAACUCGUCACUGCUGGGGGAGUCCGACAGGAAGCGGCUUGCCCUGAUGGACAAGAGGGAGCAGUUGCUUGCCCAGCGGGACGCAAUGCUGAGGGAUCUGGACACAUUGAAGCAGGAACUACGCCGACCUGUUGCCGCUGGACCCCGGGAGACCGCGUCUGCGAUGCCACGGCGGCAAGCGGACGAGAACGCUGCGAAGAUGCUGAUCGACCUGAUGCUGCUGUCGAGGUCUGAUUCGGGUGGACCUGCGGACCAGACGACCGCCGAGUCUCGAGUGCGCGUCGACGGCGGGUCCGGUCUUCAAGAAGAGUUACUGCUGAAGUACGACACUUUGCCCGUGCUGAACAUGAGACUGCGGCUCAAGUACUUGACCAAAGUGCUGUACCCGUACCUGACGCUCCAUGUCGUUGAAUUGGACGCGCAGACGGUUUCCCUCGAGUGCGUGUUCAAACGGAACGCAGCUUCACCACUGCAGUUGCUACUCGAGUUGCAGUACUCCUCCCGGCAAGAGGUUCUGCGGUCGCUCCGAGUGAAACACGUCUCCCCUGGCCAUCACUUGGCGCUACAACCGUUGCUAGACGGGUGCACACAGAACGUGAGCGUGCUUCUGUUCACCUGCAACGAGUACAACCGGCUGGUGUACGAACGGGACCAGUUACGCGUUGCCCUUCGAAACAAGUUCCAAGCGCGGUUGCACUACGAUGAGAGUCACCUGUCCGGUUCCAUCACUCUGCGGGACCUCAGGAACGAGAGGGCCUUGCUCGUGGAGAUGCCGAUCGUGUUCGACCAACAGUACUGCGGGUUUCUGUACCCGCGGAUGCAGAUCCGGUUACAGCUGACCCGUGGCCAGGCUGCCGUGGACGACGUUGAUAUAAACGGUAUACUGUAUAGACUUAUGGAAGAGUACGGUGUCCAGGAUGCGCUAGUCGACCUGAUCACGUACGCGAUGCUCACUGUGUGA